GGGGCAUCGAUUCCAAUUUCGUCCAAGCGCUGAUAUAAUUCGUGAUCGUUUUGAAUGUGCGAAAUUCUACUUUUCGUGAAGUUACAUGUGUAGGAAAAAUGUGUAUCCACCUCUGAAAGCAACAAAGGCAAGAAGAGCAAAAACAUUUCAACAUGUAAAAGCAGGAAGGGUUUUUUGAGUUGAAGGAAGCGGCUAGAUUUGUAUGAUCAGGAACGACAGUCAGUCGGCAUCUCGCGGCUGCAGACGGCAGUACCAUGGUCGCAACUCCAGUACAGCAGAGACAAUCAGAUCACUAAAGUACAUUAAGUAGAAGGAUGCUCAUCUUCGCACCUCUCGGUUCCCGCCGGGGAGGACGAGGCCGGUACUCUUCUGGGUAUUAAAUAGGCACCCUCUUCGUUGUGACUGGGUUCUCGAUUUCCAGUUCCGUGGUGCGAGAAGAUGGAGCGGCUGGCGGCAACGCGGUUGCGGCCGGACGGCGAAAGCCGCAUUGAAAACGCCAUGAAGAACUUAGAAAACCCCUUUUUGGUGGAGUUCAAGGCAGACCUGGCUCAGAAGCAGCCGCAGUUUCAGGAGGACAAGGAGCUGUUGCGGGGGGCCUCGGCCGCACUGCUGCUCGGGGAAAACUACCCGCUCGGGCACGCGGCAGGCAAGAAGCUGUUGCAGCAGAUGGACCGCAUGGAGGGCGACCUUCUGGUGCGGCUCGCGGAGUUUUUGGAGGCGCUGCGGGCGCAGUGGAUGGCGGAGAAGCUGGAGCUGCAGAAGGAGGUGGAAAAGUACAGCGACACCGCGCAGGACGCACUGAAGCAGGCCGAGUCCUACCAGGCCAAGAUGCUGCAGCUGGACAAGACCGAGCGGGAGCUGGACAAGCUGCGCAACCUGCGGGCCGAGGAGCGGCGGCGGCUGAAGGAGGCCGAGCUGGAGAAGGCCGACCUUCUGGCGCUGCUGGAGCAGUAUCGCAAAGCGGAGCUGCCGCAGGUGGAGAAGGUGCGGCUCGAGCUGGAGGCGCUGCGCGACGAGCACUGGGUGGCUAUGGCGGAGCUGCGCCGGCAGUGCGACAAGGACAAGCAAGAGCUGGUGAAUCAGCUGGACAACAUGCGGCGGGAGAAGCACGACAUCAUGCAGCAUGACGAUUCCGUGAUCUUCAAGCAGGCUGAGAUCCUGUCCAAGAUGAACGACGAGCUGGCCAAGGCCAUCGGGGAGGCCCACUGGCUGGAGGAAGACAACCAGCGAAUGUACAACGCGCUGGCCGCGGGCCAGGGGGAUUUGAGCAGGCUGGACGAGCACACGCCCCGGCCCGGCGCGAACCAGUCCGCGGCCGAGGCCCGAGGAGCGCUGAGCAGCGUCAGUUCUGGGCAGGCCAGCUACGACCGGGUGAACAAAGAAGACAUGUUCCAGCACCUGUCCGCGGGCCCCCGCGGGGUGGAGUUCUGGAAGGAACUGAUCCCCGCCACCAUCCGCGCGCUCUCCUCGGUGCCGCUUCCGCCGGAGUCGCCGUUCCCGACGGAGGAGGUGGUGAACACAAAAAUCCAGUUCGGGUUCGAGCCUCCCACGGGCGGCGCCACGGUGGAGGUGAACGUGACGGCGUUCUACCCCCGCGAGAUGGACGACGUGCGGCGGGCGAUCGCGUUCAACAGCAACGACCAGUGGAUCAUCAACGAGCUGGUGGACCGGCCGCUGCUGGCGCACGAGGCCCCGCAGACCGGGCUGACCAUGUGGUCCCCGGAGGGGCACCUGCUGGUGAAAAAAACCAGCGCCAACUACGCGAAGCCGCUGUUGAGCCGGCAGUUCAUGGUGCCCUACGUCGAGUACUUCCGCAGCAACGCGCGGACCACCUUCAUGCCGCACCUGUAUUACAUGCUGAAGAUCACCAUUCCCGACUCGGAAGAGGAGGCCUUCUUCGUGAUCAGUAACAAUCCCGUGAUGACGCUCCGGAGCGCCGGGCUCACCGCCAAGCAGCGGUACUACAUCCGGGGCAAUCAGACGGGGGGCGAUCAGCCCACCGGGGACGACCUCAAUUUUCUGAUGGGGCCCCAGUUCAUCAACUUCGCGGAGCAGGACGCUUUCCUCCGGGGGAUCUCCCUCGAUUUAGACUUCGUCCAGCAACAGGGCAUGACGGACUACGGGCUCCUCGUCGCGCUGGUGGACACCCCAACGAUUCCUCCCCUGCCGCGGAUUUACGCCAACCCGCUGAUGCAGGGGUUCACCGGCGAAGAUGCCGGGGGAAAGACGUGGGGCAUUUUGAUCGGGAUGCUGGAUGUGCACAACAAGAGCGGAAACCCCUUGACGGCAGAUACCUACGCCGACAACUUUUUCGAGGCUAUGGAGAUGUACUUUCCCGCAGACGAAGAGGCUGACGAGGAUUUCGACGGUGAGGAUGGGUAGAAAUUAACGCGAGUAUAUACAAUAAUGAAAGAACGAACGAAAAACGAAAUUUCAUUCGCAAGUAUUUUGUUUCAAUUUCCGAACAACAUCAAUUGACUUCUAGAACUUCAAACACAGCUUUAUCGUUCCAAAGCAGCCCUGGCUGCGCUAUGAUUAUAUAUCAGCCUAUCUUUGUAGAUGAACCUCAACUCGGAGCUCGGUAAGCACACUCGCCGGCUCGCUGCACUUUAAAAGCUUGUGGUAGCUAUGAAGCCGUAUCGGCGUCAAGCCGUGGCACCUUGCGUUGGAUCAUGUGGAUCAAAUCAAUGUACACUGUUUGCAACAUUUUUGGCAGUUCUGUACAAACAUCGCCGCGCGCUAUCUAU